GCGCACCGGCAGCCCCGUCUCUGCUGACUCAGUGCCUUACCAGCAGUCCCUACACCCCGAGACACAGCACCCAGCAACCGACGCUCUCAGCUCUGGUCAACCCGCCCAGGCACCUCCGUACAGACAUGGCCAAGACCGCUAUCGCUUACAAAGAGAAGAUGAAGGAGAUUUCUGUUCUCUCACUCAUCUGCUCUUGUCUGUACCCUGAGAGCCGUAAAAACAUCAUGGGUGACUUUGAAGUAGACUUGGACAUCAAGCCUAUUAACAAGCGAGCCUCAGGCCAGGCCUUUGAGGUGAUCCUCAAGCCGUCCUCCCCCGUGUCUGAUGCCGCCCACUGCAUCACCAGCCCCCCCAAGAGGGACCUCUCUCUGGAGGACAUCCAGAAGAAACUGGAGGCAGCUGAGGACCGGAGGAGAUCCCUGGAGGCACAGAUACUUCGGGCCCUGGCUGAGAAGCGGGAUCACGAGCGUGACGUGCUGAUGAAGGCCAUGGAGGAGAACAGCAACUUCAGCCGCAUGGCCGAGGAGAAGCUCCAGCAGAAGAUGGAGCAGAAUGAGGAGAACCGGAUGGCUUUCCUGGCGGCCAUGAUGGAGCGCCUGCAGGAGAGGGAGAGGCAUGCUCAGGAGGUGCGCAGGAACAAGGAAUUGAGAGAAGAAGUGACAGCGUGAGAAGCCCCAACAGGUUCUACAUCCCUCCCAAGACCCCCAUCCACCAACCCAACACCAUGCCCCGAUCCCUGAGGAACAACCCUCUCCCUACCUUAUCCAGCAUAUCCCCACCUCUCCACCCCUCUGCCAUACUCCCCCAUAUUUCUACCACCGCCUGAGACGCCACCACGAGACGGUGGGAGGCUCGAAUGGGGCUGGAGGUGGAAAAAAGUCAAAAAUAAAUUAAAAAGGAAAGAAAAAUUAAUGUCUCCCACCCACUCUUCCAAAAAAAAGAUUGUUUUUGCUCCGUUUUGAAUGAUAAGAAAAGAAAAAAUCAAAUUGAUAAGCGACAGUGGGUAUUGGUUUUUGUAAAUACUUCUUUUUUUGUUAUAUACAGUACGAUACAAGCAGCAAAAGUAUUGAUUGCAGUGUGCCAUUUUUUUCUAUGAGUUUCCUCUCCUUGCAUAUAUAUGGAUGUAAUAAUUUGUUCAUUUUCAUGUUUUGUUAUUGGUUUGUUCAUUUCAGGCGUAGGUGUUUGUUGUGAGUUUGCCAGCUAGCUGAUGUUUGCUACGAUUGGCUGCGUCCUCUCAAGGCCCUGCAUCCUGGCCCCGUUCCCUAAAAUCCCCUCCUAGUGGGCACUUUCUCACUUGACCCUGCAGAUCUGGAAACAAAAAUUGGAUCAGUGCUUGGUCAGAGUGAUUUUCCAUCCAGUAUUUUUGCCAAUGUUCCAAUUAGCGAGGGACCUGUGCGUGAAAAUUGGCAGACAAAAAGGGGACAGUUUGCUUCCUGUGAGGACUGCAGGCCAUCGCUGCACAUCUAAAUCCUCAGAGGUAGAUGAGGAGAACACUAUAGCAUUUAAUGAGUCCAUUCUUCCUCCAUCUUCCCUCCGUCUGCAUCCUCUUCAUCUCUCCACAUACAUACUGUAGAAGCACUCACUCACACGCUCUCCACAUGGGCAGGCUUUUAGCCAAUCAUAGCACAGAGCUCGGAUUUGGAGCUCGCUAAAUUCUGUCCAUCUGGCACCGGAAAAAGCUCACAGAACAUCCCUGACCAAUGGGGCGUCUCAUAUUCCUCUGAAACAAGCUUCCAAUCACAUUUCAAUCACACUACUGUAAUAAAAACACAACUGGGGUUAAAGAGCGCUGGAAUGCAUACAAAACUUCACCCAAGAUCCGACUUGUAACUGUGAAUCUUAAAUAAUUAAUCCAUCUUGCUCCGUUUCAAAGAGGCUAGAGUAGUGCUCAACAUCAUCAGCACCUACUGGAAUCAUUGCACUUCACUCCGCUGUAAAUGCCGCUGCUGAGUCGGCACAAGAAAGAAAAUGAAGCCAUAACAGGUAUCACUGCAACAAUGAUCCAUGAAAACAGUAUUGCCAUCUGUAAAGGUGUAUAAGAGUGUAAUAAAGUAUCCGAUAAGUUUGUAAGCAGGGCUGUUGAAGCCUGUCGGUGACACACACGCAUGGUAUAGGCCCAUAAAUGUGUGUGAGUUUGUGUGAGUGUAAGGGCAGGUAGAUAAGCGAAUGUACUGUAUGUGCCAUGUUAAUAUUGACCCGGUGAAGUGUAAAACAUUGAAGUGUGUAUCAGCUGUCACAAGAUCAUCACUGACAGUGACUUUCAUACCUGCCUCUCUCUCUCUCUUUCUCUCUCUUCUCUCUCUCCUCUGUCCAUCUGUGUGUUUCCCCCUCUCCACAUAUAUCUUUGUGAGCAAGCAGUGGUUAAUAAAGAUUUGGGGUUCAGUGAAUGAAA